CGUCCGUACACCAAUCAACCAAUCAAUCACACUUUGUUCAGCCAGCCAACAACGAUGACGGAAAUAGGUGAUGUCGGACUGACGAUCUUGGCGAUGAAAGGCCGCUCACAAGACUGGAACAAAGUGGUGGCUUUCAACUUAGCUCGAUUCCUCAAAUACCCUCUCGUCGACACUCACGACAUCCACCAAACCCUUCAAAAAUCAUUCUCCUCGUCGUUCUCCUCUCAAACCACCGAAGAAUCUUCGGCCACCCUAGUUGUUGCAUACGGCUUCGCUUCGACGCAGCUCAAUCUGAAGAUCCCCGUCAUCAUCAACGGCCCCCCGAGCGCCACGUGGCGACCACUCGCAGUUUCUUCCGGCGCUCGCCUCGUCAUCAUCGAAUGCCACCCGCCGGGAGAGGAGGUCGGGCGCCAACACCACCGAGACGACGACUACGCGGGCCGAGGUGACGACGAUGGCAUCUCGUUGUUCCACGUGGACGCCGAGUCAUUCGACAGGAAGAAAGCCGAAGAUAUCGUGUCCAAGAUUCACUUACUUUCACGUCAACAUGAUGAGAAGUUGUACAACCCUAGUACUACUAAAACGACCAACAAGGUGGCUCCGGCGGCGAAAGAAAAAAAAGAAGAAGGAAAGCAGACCAGGAGGAGGAAGAACGACCACUUGCACCAAUGGGUGGAGAAGCCACCGAACGAUGAUUCUGGUUGCAUAGCUUGCAGCCCCGACGUCGUCCACUUCACAAAGUUUCCGUGGCCUUACUACAAGUGCACCGACUGUGACUUCACAUUGCACAAACUUUGUGCCGAGGCACCGAACAAGCCCGUCGACGUGAUUGCGAACACGUACUGUCCGCCGUAUCUGAAAGCAUUCCGACCGCAAUACAACUUUCCUUCCAAGUAUUUAUGCAAAAACUGUCGCCGCGACGACGUGGAGGAGGAGUUCUCCGCCGACUGCCACGAUUGCCUGACGACGACGAACCUCCAGUGCAAUUUCUUGCCGACUGUGCUAAUGAAUGAUCACGUGCACGGUCACCGGCUGAGUCUGGUCAUCAUGCCGUUUGGGUACGAUUACAAGUACCCGUGCGGCCGCUGCGACGCACUUGGUUACUCCGUCGGAUACAAAUGUUACGAGUGUAACGAACUGCCCAAUUUCCACGUGGCAUGUGCCCUGCUGUCACCUCCUCCUCCUCCUCGUUCACCUUCUCCUCCUCUUGGUUUUAUGCCUCAGUACUUCACAUUAGAGUAUAGGGAUUAAAUAUUAAAAUGUACUAUUUGUUUCUUAUAUAUGUACUAUUUUGUAAUAGACUUUUAUUUAGUUUAUCUGAACAGAUGAGGAAUUUUACAAUGCUAUAUAGUAUUAGUGCUAUAGGUUUUUGCCUUUAUGGUACAACUUGAAAUUGUACCUUUAACGUUACGGUACAAUUUCAGAUUGUACCUAUACUUUUUGUACAAAUUCUUUUAUGAUACAACUUAAACUUGUACCUUAUGUGAUGGUACAGCUUUAAGUUGUAAAGUUGUACCAUAACAUAAUAAUACAAAUUCCUUUAUGGUACAACCUAAACUUAUACAUUUAAUGUUAUGGUACAACUUCAAGUUGUACAUUAAAGCACCAAUGCUAUAUAGCAUAGUAGAAGUGCUCCUGAACAGAUAUAUAUGCAAUAAGGAAACAAUGUAAACUUUACCGUUUUAUGAAAUAAAAAUCGGACUGUUUUUCUCUCAACAGGAAAUUAGAGAUUGUCUGACUAAAAAUCGUGAUCCGUUGUUUUCACCCUUCUAGGGUUUUCUGAUUCUUUCGCCUUUGCUUCGAUCUCCGGCGCAUCCAUGACGAAUCCUCCGCCGUACUGUGGCGCGAUCUCAAGGAACGUUUCUACAGUAUCAAGCAGGGCAAUCAGUCUGUAAGCGAGUUCUUUACCAAGUUUCGCGUUCUCUGGAAUGAGCUGAUCACAUAUCGACCGUUACGCCUCUGUCUUUGUGCACCCCGUUGCUCCUGUGUUGAAUAUAUGAAGGCAUACCGAGUCAUUAGGGUUAUGAUUAUUUUGAGUCGGUUAGGUCAUCAAUUUUGUUAAUGGAGCCUUUACCACUGAUCAAUUAGGUCUUCUCUUUAGGUGUGCAGCAUGAAAGACAGAUUAAGUCAUCGAGUACUUCCUCUAAUCGCUCUGUCCGAUCAACUGUUAUCUCUCUAACGGUCAACCAAAACAUUAGAACACAAAUGACAUAAAAGUAUCAUUCGCUGGGACAUAAUGAAAUAUCAAAUAAAAU